AUGGGCGCCGGAAAGUCUUACCCAUCAAUGACCGCAAACCUCAAUGACUUUAUGGUUGAAUUCGACGGACCUGAUGAUUUCUUGCACCCACACAAUUGGCCAUUGAGAAAAAAAACGUCUGGGCAUAACCACUGGCAUGAUGAUCAAUGCGAUAAAUGGAUGCUGACAGAAUCUCGAUUUAGAAUUGCUCAGGCAUGCAUCCUCUCCUUUUCCGCGUGGCUUGGUGGCUUUAAUAGCGCUGUUUCCUCUGCUGCUGCCCCAGUUAUUAUGAAAGUAUUCGAAUUUGGCGAAGAGGUCGCUAGUCUGGGAGCUGCUCUCUUUGUAUUAGAAUUUGCAACCGGUCCAGUUAUAUGGGCUUCAGGCUCAGAGCUUUAUGGAAGGCGUCCUUCAAUUCUUGUUGGAAUGCUUGGGUUUGCGAUUUUUUCCAUUUCAACUGUAGUAUCCAAGGACACGCAAACACUUAUGAUCUCCCGUUUCUUCUCCGGUCUUUUUUCAGCCAGUCCAAUUACAUUGGUUUCUGCCAUUCUAGGAGACAUGUUUGCCAGCUCCCAGCGUGGGAUAACUAUUUCCCUUUAUACAAUGGCUGUUUUUGGCGGCCCAUUUACUGCUCCAUCUGUUGGUGGGUUUGUGGUCAAUUCAUAUCUUGGCUGGAGAUGGUGCUUUUUCUUCCCUGCCAUAUUUGGAUUUGGGAUGCUAAUAUUUUGCUUUCUGUUCGUCCAAGAAACCUAUCCUCCAAUACUGUUUGUUGGCAAAGCUUAUGUUCUACGUCAUCAGACACAGAGCUGGGGCAUUCAUGCUAAACAGGAGGAGGUGGAGAUAGAUAUCUGGGAGCUUUUGACAACAAAUCUGUCUCGUCCACUGGGUUUUUGCUAUGCAUUGCUUGAAGCGUUCCCUCUUGUUUUUGAGGAUGUCCACGGAAUGACAGGCGGCUUAUUGGGGCUAUUUUCGUCUUCUGUCUCCAGCCUUCAUACAAAUAGAAAGGUGAAAGCGAAUCAUUACGUUGCGGUUCCUGAAUGGCGGCUUCUUCCUUGUGUCGUGGGAGAGAUCGUUUUUGCAAUGGGAUUAUUCUGGUUCGGUUGGACAGGGGUUUUACCCUCAAUCCCCCCAAAUAGCACCUACGGCGGCUGGCAUUUUUGUUGGAUUUGGGGUUAUCACAAUUUUUAUGCAGGGGUGGAACUAUCUUCUGGACGCAUAUUCGACAUUCUCCGCUUCUGCUUUUGCUGCGAACACAUUUUGAGAUGUUUAUUUGCUGCGGUAUUUCCGCUGUUCACAAGACAGAUGUUCCAGACCAUGGGCAUACAGUGGGCAUCCACCCUUCUCGGGUGUAUAGCCACGGUGAUGAUUCCCAUUCCUCUCUUUUUCAUCAUUUUCGGCGCCCGGAUUCGAGCUAAAAGUCGGUUUCGUUAA